GUAAACAAAACUUUUCAGGUGAAAGUUCGAAAGUGUUAUCUGUCGUGUUUUACUAUAUUUAAGUGGUUUAUCUCUGUUCUCGUGAGACGUGACUGACUAUAGUAUCGAGUUGUGCUUUUCUGAAACUCAGUGUUAUUCGUUUAUUGAAAGUCUAAACUUGCCACUUCUAGUUAUUUCUUCACCCUUUACCUCACUGAAGUUUUCAUGUUGAUUGCUUGGUUUUGCCCACAAAUAUCAUUUGAAUCCUUGGGUAUUAAUUUCUUCGAAAUGUCUGAAUGCCUAAUUAUUGGAAAGUACAAAUGUCAUUGUUGAGAAUUCUUGACAGAAGUCAUUAUUUUCUUCAGCAUUCAUAUCUGAUACUGCUAUCUCCGUAACCUGUGCGUCUGCUUUGGAAUGCAUCAUAAUGAACAUCACCAUCAAACUUAUCUCAAAAUCGUUUAGACGCCACUUUCAUACGACUGGAUCCAAGUUAUUAAAUGCAUGUAUUGUGGGGAGUGGUCCUGCCGGUUUUUACUCGGCGCAACAGUUAUUGAAACUGAUACCAGAUGUAACCAUUGACAUAUUUGAGAAGCUUCCCGUACCAUUUGGUCUUGUCAGAUUUGGUGUAGCUCCUGAUCAUCCAGAUGUCAAGAAUGUCAUCAACACAUUCACCAAAACCGCAAGCAGCCCUCAAGUCAAUUUCAUCGGCAAUGUCACCCUAGGUCAAGAUAUUACUUUGAGUGACUUGAAAGCGGCCUAUCACAUUAUUGUACUCACAUAUGGAGCAGAUCAUGACCGAGAGUUUGGUAUUCCUGGAGAAAGCCUAAAAAAUGUCCUCUCAGCAAGGAGAUUUGUUGGAUGGUACAAUGGAUUACCUGACGAUAGUGAGCUUGAUGUAAAUCUUGAUACUGAAACAGCUGUUAUCGUAGGACAAGGUAAUGUAGCUGUUGAUAUUGCCAGAAUACUUCUAUCUCCAGUAGAUAUUUUAAAAUCCACCGAUAUUACCUCCAGAGCUUUAGAUACCUUAUCUCGUAGUAAAGUCAAGACAGUCUUUCUAGUAGGUCGCCGUGGGCCACUUCAGGUAGCAUUUACAAUUAAAGAGUUCCGGGAAAUGUUGAAUUUACCAGGAGUGUCGACUCUCUUCCAGUCAGGGCAGUUGAGUGGCGUGCCUGAGGCCAUUGAAAACCUUCCUCGACCCAGAAAGCGACUGACCCAACUUAUAUUUGAUGCCUCUCAGAAAACGCCCCCAGCUGGUGUAACAAAAAAAUUUUGCCCACUAUUUUUUAGGUCACCAAAUAAUUUUGAAGGCACUCAGUCGGUAGAAAAAGUUAAUUUUGUAGUGAACAAAUUAGAAGGGGACAAAGCUGUGCCAAGUUCAGAGGUUGAAUCCAUCGAAUGUGGACUUGCUCUUAGGUCAAUAGGAUACAAAUCAGUGUCUGUGGAUCCUGGUAUUCCAUUUGAUGAAAAAACUAGUACUGUUAAAAACUGUGAGAAUGUUUAUGCUGCUGGAUGGUUGGCAACUGGUCCAUCGGGUGUAAUUUUAUCGACCAUGUCAAAUGCAUUUCAGACUGCACAAUCAAUUGCAACUGACUUGAAAGACAUGAAAAUUGACAUCAAAUCCUCAAAACAAGGGUUUCCCAUUAUUAAGGAGAUAAUAAGCAAAAACAAUACUCCAGUAGUUGAUUGGGAUGGAUGGGAGAAAAUAGAUUCUGCCGAAAAAGAGAGAGGAAAGGCUUUGGGAAAGUGUCGUGAGAAAAUUUUGUGUGUCAAGGAAAUGUUAGAAAUAGGUGGUAAAAUCUUAUAAAUAAAAAUUGGCAUGGUUUUUUUUCGGAACCUUAUCACCUCACCUUUGGUUACAAAAUGAGACUAGUGGCAGAGUGGCUACAUGCUGUCAGUAGGUAAAACCAUCUGCUAUUCUGUUUACCAAUGAGCAUUCCAUUAAUGGUCUUGAAAGUGGCCCGUAAUGCUUUUUAAGAAUGGAGCAAUGCUCAAUUGUUAUUUUUCUGUUUUAUAGGUUCGUAAAUAUUACCUCAAUUUUUGCUAAUAAAUGCAAUGAAAAAGAUGGUAAUCAAAUUUUAAUGAAAACGACCUUUACAAUUUGAGCAAACUGUACAAUGUUUGUCUGACAAUUCAUUAAAAGACCUGUUAGUCGUAUUAUUAUAAUGUUGUUGAUUAUUAAAAAUUUAUUUUUUAUGACUA